AUGGCGAGCACGGCGGGCGGCCCGAGAGCACUGCAGGCACUGACGGGCUGCCUGCUGGGCGCCCUGGUGCUGGGCACGCUGGCGGGCAAUGCUCUGGUGUGCCUGGCUGUCCUGCGCUUCCGCCACCUGCGCACAAAAGUCACCAACUGGUUUGUGCUGUCGUUGGCCGUCUCUGACCUCUGCGUAGCCAUCCUGGUGAUGCCUUGGAAGGCAGUCACUGAGGUGGCCGGUGGCUUCUGGCUCUUCGGCAGCCACUUUUGUGACACCUGGGUGGCCUUUGACAUUAUGUGCUCCACCGCCUCCAUCCUCCACCUCUGCAUCAUCAGCCUGGACCGGUACUGGGCCAUCGCCAGCCCCUUUCGCUACGAGCGCCGGAUGACGCAGCGUCUGGCCUGCGCCAUGAUCGCCCUGGCCUGGGCCCUCUCCAUCCUCAUCUCCUUCGUCCCCGUGCAGCUGCACUGGCACAAAACCAAGGACAGAAGGCACCCCAGCUCCCUCUGCGAUGUCAGCUUGAACGGCACCUACGCCAUCACCUCCUCCCUCAUCAGCUUCUACAUCCCUGUGGCCAUCAUGAUCGUCACCUACACCAGGAUCUAUCGCAUUGCCCAGGCCCAGAUCCGCCGCAUCUCCACCCUGGAACGAGCAGGCGGGCAGUGCCCAGCCCACAGCAAGGAGCCUGCCUCCAGUCUGCGGAGCUCCCUGCGCAAGGAGACCAAGGUGCUGCAGACCCUCUCCAUCAUAAUGGGAGUCUUUGUUUGCUGCUGGCUGCCCUUCUUCCUGCUCAACUGCAUGCUACCUUUCUGCCAGCCUGAGAGCGACAGCAAAGGGCAGCCACCAUGUGUCAGCCAAACCACCCUCAAUGUCUUUGUAUGGUUCGGCUGGGCCAACUCCUCAGUGAACCCAGUCAUCUAUGCUUUCAAUGCAGACUUCCGUCGGGCUUUCAGCAACCUGCUGGGCUGCCAGUCCCUCUGCUGCAGCACCACCAGGGCUGCAGUAGAGAGAGUCCACCUCAGUAAUGAGCUGGUCUCCUACCACCAGGACACCACCUGCCAAAAGGAGGGAGCCACUGUCACCAUGCCACCCACCACUGUCACAGCCUGGGUGCAGCCCGGGCCCCAUGCAGUGAGUCCUCAGCAGGAAGACAGAGAGGAGCUCCCCAUGGAGAAGAGGCUCAUGAGUACGCCAACACAGGCUAGCCCAGGCAGCAGCCCCAAGUGUUGUCGUGUGACAGCCACUUUACAAUUGGACUAUGGGUCAGAGCUGCCCCUGGAGACUAUUAAUGCCUUUACAGGGCUUGACAGGCAUGAGAGACACCGUCACCCCAUUCCAGAGGGAUAA